GCAAUCACGAACCCCGCCACUCGUGUAUAUAAAGCCUUUGCCAGCUGCAGGCAGUCGGUCCAGAAAAAGGGAACGCAGAGUAAAUAGAGAGAGAACGUACAGAGGAACGCAAGAUGGCAGGGAAGACACUUGUGGCCUUUGCCGCCCUGCUUUUGGCCGCGACAUGCGUCUUGGCAGAGAAGCCGGACACGGAGGAGGAUUUAGAAGCCACCAACGAGAAGAACCUUUUGGAGGCAAAGAUCGCCGAUGCCUGCCGAGAAAAGAAAUGUAAACUCGGUCACGAGUGCACGUUGGACGAGGACGGACAUCGGAUCUGUGUGUGCGCGUCUAAGUGCCACGAGCUCAAACCAUUAAAGGUGUGCAGCACCCAAAACGAGACGUUUCCCAGCGAGUGUGACUUGGACCGCGAAAGGUGUCUGUGUCACCGAGGACAGGAAGGGUGUCAGAAUAAGGAACACAAGAAAGCCCAUCUGGACUAUUAUGGGGAAUGCAAAGACAUCCCGGAGUGUACAGAGGGACAGAUGCGAAGUUUCUCCAGACGUAUGAGCGAGUGGCUGUUCCAAGUUAUGAAGGAACUGUCUGCAAGAAAAGAUCUGACUGAAUUUGCAGAAAAGUUGGCAGAAGAGGCUAAGAGUCAACCUAAGGGGAAACACUCCGUUAUUCCAGUCAUCUGGAAGUUCUGUGACCUGGAUAAAUCAAAAGACAAAAGCGUUAAUCGUAGGGAGUUGCUGCCGCUUACAUCCAUGUUGAAGCCUCUUGAGCAUUGUCUUGGGCCUUUCUUGGACACGUGCGCAGGGGAUGACCGCAUGAUCACUUUAGGCGAGUGGGGCACGUGUCUUGGCUUGGAAAAAGACGAUGUCAAUAAAUUUGAGGACUUAUGUGACAAGAUGGAAGCCAAUUUGGAAGAGGAGGAAGAGGAAGACGACGAAGAGUGAAGGGACGCAGGCGUCGUUUGGUUAUUUAGAAGGAAUAAGCAGUUCUAAAACGUUUCAAAGAUAAUGAAUCCAUUUUUCAACCGGAAAGAUGUUCUACUGUCUGUUCUUCAAAGUCUGUGAAUCCGGAUAGGGGUUCUCAAAACACGGCGUCUUUACGUCACAAGCUUUUCACUGCCACAGAAUAUCUGAAAUGCUCCGCACUGCAAUUUCGCUACUUGAAAAUCAAAGCGCAAUGAAAAACUUUCAUUGAAUUACACUGCUUAGAUAAACAUGUUCGAAGAGUUAUUUUUUAAUAAAAGUGCUACAACUGACACUCAGAUUGGCAAGAGGUCCAUCUUCAAAUUUAUAUUACUUUUUCAAAGUGGUUGUAUACUUUGUACAUUUACUGACAUUUUUUCUGGGGAAGCGCUUGCAAUCUUAGCGGUACCACCAGCGUAGGAACAUGUCAAAUAAAUUAAAAAUAAACUUGUU